AAUACAGGUACGUAUUAAAUACAAUUCGAAAAGCCAACCAGAGACGAGUCACGCAAAGUUAGUUUGGAUAAAUUUUGUGCCGUAAUUAUGAUACGUUCAUUGUGUCAGUGAUAAAAAAUAAAGUUUGAAAGUGACAUUAAACAGUGUAAAAGAGAUGCCAGACACGCUCUCCUUGUCCGCCGGGGUGAGCCUGGGGCUGCUCGCUGGGAUUGUGUCCGGAGUUUGUUACCUCUUGUCUAAUGGCAUGUCACGUCCGAGAGACGAACGAAGGGAAACAAAUCGGUCAUGCAUAAGAUCGAAUGACAAUCACAUAUGUGUUAUAUGCGGUGGUGACCAGCUCGGGGGUGCAGUGCCUUGCAUCUGUCAAAAUUAUCAAUCCAUUAAAUUCGAAUCAGGUGCGUGGUUUUUGCGGCAAGUGCAACGAGCUAUCAGCCUUAUGCCGUGGUCUUUUAGUACAGACAGACUGGAACAAAUUGAGGAGGAAGAAUGCGAGGGUUCCAGCUCAGGAGAAACGAGAGGUGACCUACACAAUGUGAGAGAAUUUCUGGAGGCGAUUUCAUCGCGACUCGCUGGCGGUCCACUAGAGGGAACCAGAGUCUCGCCGCUUUACACCCAUCCUGCUUAUAUGAGCAUGUUCGAGAGACAUCAUGAAGUUCUACGCGACUCUCUCGCCGCCUUAACCAACGCGCUUCGCGACGCGCUAAAAUAUUUACCACAACAGCGCCUGGGACCUAACGCACACAAUCACACUGGUGCGAGCGGUGCUCAUGCGCAACUGAAGCGAUUGGUAGCACGUGUAGUUGAAGAAGCUGCAGCAUUGCCAGCACUCGCCCGAUAUGCCGCUGAACCACACACACCUACAGAAUCAUCAACAUACGAAGAUCUGCUAGCCACAGCUAUUUUAAAUAAGGUCAUCGAACGUUACCAAACUGAAAGCGGUUCCGGUGGUCGCAGUAGCGGCAUACACUCCGCCAGCGCGAGUCCUUCACCCUCUGACAGAUCGUCCCCCCGCUCUCUCAACUCGAGGAACACAAGAGAUAUCACCCCACCCCUUCGUGACGAAGAUGAUGCAUCUGACUGGGAAGAAGGAGAAGCCACAGAUGAUGCGGUUGAAGUUCCGCGACGAGUACCUUUCCCUGAAUAUGGAGGAGACAUAGUGCACACAUCAGAUAAUGAACUUCGUGACUUCGAUGAAGUCUCCGGUAGUGAUAUACAGGCGGUGGAUGGAACUUGGGAGGAGAAUUGGUUGUUCCAAAAGAAAAAAAUAAAGAAUAUUCAGUCAGCACCAGUUCCUAUGCUGGUACCGAAUUCCAAUACACAAUAUAGAGCUCUCAUCGGCGACAGAGAUGCUGAUGAUACGACAGACCUCUCUGACAACGGAACCGAUAAUGAGGAAGAAUUAGAAUACACAAGCGAUAUCAAAAAGGUCUUAAACUCCAAACAUGUUAUUGGAGGCAAGCCUAAAGUGGAUGAAUUUGACUUCGAACCAGACAGCUUAAUGAUCAUUGAUGGAAUCGAAGAUUAUGAUAAAGCAAAUGAAAAUAAUACAAACGAAGAACCUAUAACAGCAACUAACUUGAAUUUAGUCACCCAAAAAGAUAAGGUUCACGAAAAUAUUGUCUAUUCACAAGACGAUACUCAUGACUCUAUACUAGUGCUAGGCGUAGAUAGCGGACCUAUAACAAAGACAGAGUUUAAUUUAAAAGAAGAAAUACACAGAACAGCGCUAAAUGGUCACGAUGGAAUAUUCGACAAUGAUAACAACAGCAGAGAUACCACAGACUCGAGUACUACGACGCAUACUAAAGAAUCUACGAACACGCUAAGUCGCUCGGAGCGCGAGAAAGACUAUGAAGAAACGGAGGCGUUACCAGUUCAGAGAUAUGCCGACAGCCUACGUAGAAAACACUUCGAAGAACCGCAACAAUUUUCUACGCCUAAUAUUGAAAAAGAAGAAGAAUUAAUACCAGGGUCUAUAGCUGACAGAGAACGUAAGAAGUGGCUCAACUACGUGGAAAUGCCAAACAAUCCAUAUUCUCCAGAAGCUAUCAAAAAACGGCUUUCCUCCAAGAACACUUCCUCGUUAUUUGAUAUUAUAACAACAAAGAAAGAUUUAGAAGAACCAAAUCUACCAGAUGGUAGAUUAGAGGAAAACGUAACAAAAACCAAUCAUGAAGUCCAAGAACAGGAUUCCAGGGACGAAUACAUUCAAAAUAAAAUGGAUAAACGGAAGCUAAAUUUAAGCAUAAGUACAGACGAUGGUACGAAUGAAAGGAGGUCAAUGAGCCCUUCGCCUAAGGUUUCAAAAGACGUACUCUCAGAUGAAGUUCCUCAAUUUAAGAGAUACGGGCGGGAUUACUAUAUCAAAGAGGCCAGAUCGUCGUCCGGCGAGCGCAAAAUGGGAUCCUUCAACGGCGCGAGCUCCCUCUCGAGCUCGAUAAACAAAUCGACCAGCUUAGAGAAUUUCGAUAGAGAUUUCGCCUCGCCAGGACUAUUAAUACAUCAGUUCAACACAAUUGCUACCAAUCAGCAGUAUACGAAGUUUACUAAAGAUAACGAACACGUAUCAAUAACAACGAUGCCGAUCGAAUAUAAAAAUGAAAUAAUAAUAGAAUAUGAAGAUGCAAAUGAACAUACACUUUUUGCUGCCAAGCCCGGCUGUACGGAUGAAGACACAGACAAAAAGUUCGAAGAAAUUUUACAAUGCGCUUACAGUUCUGAUAAAAAAACUUUUACACUAACAGCUGAUAAAGAAAUAAAUGAAAAUGAGAAAUCGCCAUCAAGUAUAGAAAAUUCAUUAAGUUCGAGCAGCGUUGAAGAUUCAAUUAAAAUAUAUAACGUACAAACUGGUGAGAUUGUGAAAUGUAAACCAGAAGAUAAGAUAUCAACGAGAUACGCAACGACUGACAAAAAUGACAACAUCGAUAUACCUGAUAUGAACACUGCAGGAGAAACUACUGAGAUAUCUAUUGAAGACAGCGAUGUCGGGGAGGAAGCGGUGACAAUCGACAGUUUAAAGGAGGAAACAGAGCAAGUUGUGAGUGAUUUAGACGAGUUAGCUCAUCUACCAAGUGUGAAGGAAUUAGCGAGGAAAUUUGUAAGCAUGGAGAGCCUCAGCGAACCUGUCAAGACGCCACAACCUCUCUUGAAACGACAGAGAAGCAAAGAGAACAUCCUCAGUCCAGACGCGAAACCUGCUUCCAAACUGACUUAUAUGCACAGCCUCACUGCAAGAAGUAUAUCCAAGGAAUUCAGAGAAGAACUCAAAUUGUCUAUGGCCACCCCCCUUAAAAUUCCGGGCGGAGCCAAAGAAAUACCAGAAGGAACAGAAGACAUAACAAGGGAAUCCAGCAGACCUGGAAGUCCAGUGCCCGAACCGGGGACGAUAAAGACAAAGCUAGCCUUUUUCGAAAGUCUAAAAGAAAGAUUUAGCCACAAAUAAGUUGUGUUAUACAUAUGAAUCUGUUUGAAAGUCAGUCUCGAAAAUAUCAAUCAUUAAUUAAUGCAAUUAUUCAUUACUUAAAAGCUACUUCGUUUAUGGAGAACUGAAUUCUAUAAGUAAAUAUACUUUUCUGAUUUCCAUUUACCUAAGAUAAAUCAUUAUUAUUUAUACAGUUAAAUUCCGUUAUGACUACGGCUUAUUUACUUUUUUGUAAAUUAGUUAUGUAGUUAGUAGUUCGAUGAAAAAUAUACGAAAUAUGACGACAAAAUGUGCGAGUACAGUUUUUGGAGCCAAACCAUAUAAAGUGCAGACCGCAAAAUUUUUGUAAUGAAAUUUAAUAAGAAAUAAAUUAUAAGCUCAAAAGAACCGGACUUGUGCCAAUUUGCACAGAUAAAAUAAUAUAAAUAAAACAUAUAUUUUGACGGUAUUCAAUUUAUGGUGUGGUUGUAAUUAAAUUAAAUUGUAGAGCAUAAUAUAAAUUAUAAUAAAUAAAUAAUAAAUGGUCACAGUAGAUAAUAAAUUCAUAUCCAUUAGGUUAUGGUGUAAAUACUUAGUGCCAUUUUGUAAUCAUUUAUAGCUAAAGCCAAAGUAUAAUAUAAUUUAUAUUUCCAAAUUAAAAUAUAAUUUAUAUUUAUAUAAGUUGUAAAUAAAAAAAUCAUUCUAGUGGGUAGGUAGGUUAUUUCUCGAGGUUGUGUGUAACCAUAUGUUUAACUUGGUAUUUAGUUACUUAAGAUGUGCAAUAAAUAUCAUUAAGAUGAUAUCCACAGAUAAUAAAUAGUUCUUUUAUAAAAAUGACUAUAAAAAUAAUAAUAAUUAUUAUGUAAUUUAAAAUAAAUACAUAAAAUUUAUUAUAUUCAUUUAAAACUUGAGACAUACCAUUAUGUUUUGUGAUGUAGAAAAAAAGG